AAAGGGGGCGUGUUGCCGUACACAGAUAAGCAGAAAGCAGACACGUAACCUGCGAAGCUGGAUGGACUGAAUUUUGGAAAUUUCACUGGACAUUCGGGUUUGGAGUUCGUCUCAAAAUGAAGAUCCCACUGGCCGCCGUUUUGGCCGCCUUCCUGGCUGUUUUCCUCGUUUGCCUCGUGGGCCCAGCACUCGCCCAACAAAAAAGAAGAGAGCAGGGUCUCACGCUGUCCGAAAAGGUGCAGCAGUUGACUGAGAUGAGUGCAAAAAGGUCGAUCCUCAGGUUCAAUGGCCACAAAUUCAAGGACUUUGUCCGGUCUACCCCUCGCAAUUACUCGAUGAUUGUCAUGUUCACCGCUUUGGCCGCCCAGAGACAAUGCGUCAUCUGCAGACAUGCCCACGACGAAUUUGUGAUCGUGGCCAAUUCCUUCCGUUACUCGCAACACCACUCGAAUAAAAUGUUCUUCGCCAUGGUUGACUUUGAUGAAGGCCCUGACGUCUUCACCAGUUUGAAUAUGAAUACAGCCCCAGUGUUCAUGCAUUUCCCAGCCAAGGGUAAGCCAAAGCACAGCGACACCAUGGACAUCCAGAGGGUCGGAUUUGCUGCUGAGGCCAUUGCAAAGUGGAUCACGGAGAGAACCGACAUUUCGAUUCGAGUCUUCCGUCCUCCAAAUUACUCAGGAACUGUGGCCGUGGCGAUGCUAUUUGCAUUUGUAGCUGGUUUCCUCUACCUGAAGCGCAACAACCUGGAUUUCCUUUACAACAAAACCCUUUGGGCCUUUGCAGCAAUUGUUUUUACCCUGGCCAUGACCUCUGGCCAAAUGUGGAACCACAUUCGAGGACCGCCGUUUGUUCACAAGACCCAAUCCGGAGGGGUUGCCUACAUCCACGGAUCCUCCCAGGGUCAACUGGUGCUUGAAACCUACAUCGUCAUCAUUCUCAAUGCUGCAAUUUUGCUGGGUAUGAUUCUGGUCACCGAGGCCGCCUCUCAGAAGGGAGACGUCCGAAAAAGGAGGAUUCUGGCCAUCGUUGGCAUGGCCAUUUUCACAGUGUUCUUCAGUUUAAUUCUAUCAAUAUUUAGAAACAAAGCUCAUGGAUAUCCAUAUAGCUUCUUGUUUAAGUGAUUCCCGAGAAGAUGAUCAAUUUUUUGUGUUUGCCCGAGCAAGUGACGCGCAUCAGUGAUUUGUUGCAAUUUUUAUUUUGUAUGGUUUCGUGAAAUAAAUGAGUGGUGAGUACCAAGUGUUAAUUUUCAA